GCGCUGUGGUGGCUUCCGUAGCUAAGCGACUGCCUACGGGCGUCGGAAGUAGAUAAUGGGGGUUGCGAUGGCGGUGUGUGAUGAAAUGGCUCACACGUUUAGUUACUAAGCGUGCGCACAAUGCUCGUUGGCGGCGCUAUGUCGUCGCCUAAAGUGAACAAGAAACAUGGCAAGCGUCACCACCACCAUCGAAGACACCACCAUCACGGGCACAGCAGUGUCCUUGCCAGCCUUGAAACGUCUCAGCACCAAAUCCUGGAGAGGGUGAAAAAUGACAGGGUGAUAGUAACCGGCCCGGAUGAAGACCGUCGCCGGAGAACCAUCAUCGUGGAAAGACGCAAGGGCUCCUUUGGAUUUACACUGCAGACGUACGGCAUCCACCACAAGCGGGACGGAGAAAUUGAACUCAUCACAUACGUAGACUACGUCGAGUAUGAUGGGCCAGCUUUCCGUGCAGGGAUGCGUCCAGGAGACGUGAUCCUUUCAAUAAAUGGGCAUGACAUGGAGCACGUGGAUCACAAGAGCCUGGUGCGCUUCAUCCAAGGCUGCGCCUCUACCAUGCGCAUGGUAGUGCUGUUUGAAGACUGCGUGCACAAGGUGGAACUGCACAUCCGGUACCUUCGCCUGCAAGUACGUUUACUUUGGUGA